GGGCAGGGGCGGACUGACCAUUUGGAAACUCGGGCACCGCCCGAGGGCCCGGGGUAAGUAGGGGGCCCCAUGAGAUGCCCCUGGUACCUUUUUCAUAGGCUUUUUUGAGUUUGUGCAAGGACACAGGGGCCCCAUGAUCCCCUAUUGCCCAGGGGCCCCAUGAGUUGUCAGUCUGCCCCUGGUCAUGGGUUUGAUUCCUGACCAUGGCGCCUCCUGCAUGGAGUUUGCAUGUUCUCCCUGUGCCUGCAUGGGUUUUCUCUAGGUACCCUGAUGCCCCUGGUACCUUUUUCAUAGGCUUUUUUGAGUUUGGGCAAGGACACAGGGGCCCCAUGAUCCCCUAUUGCCCGGGGGCCCCA